CUGCUUUACCUGCUUAUUCUGUACAAUCCACGUGCUUUCCCUUUAACUUCAGAAUGAGUACUUCCUCUCGAGCUCGCUGCCUUGACUGCCCUUUUUGGCACAAGCUCGCAGCAAUCUUGUUUCUGGUCGCCGUACUUACUCCAGCUCCUGCUGUCAGUGCUACUCCAAUUAAAGGCAGAAAUCAUGUGUGUCCCACGGCCUUCUGGAAUUUCGGAGACUCGCUGACGGACACCGGAGGCACGCUUGACGUCUUCGCUUUGUCCUUGGACCCCGAGCGCAGCCCCUAUGGAGAAUCGUUCUUCAAACGACCAGCUAAACGAUUCUGCAACGGACGCGUUGUGCCUGACUACUUCUCUCUGGCGUUCAAGUACCCGCUCCUACAACCAUAUCUCCAGGCAGGUGCCUUCGAUUACAACUAUGGAGCAAACUUCGCUUCUGGAGGAACAACUGCUUCCAACGACACUUCUAGGAACCCGAUAUAUCUGUUAAAUCAAGUUGCCCAAUUCGUCAGAUUCAAGCAGAGCGCAACUUCUCAGAAGAAUCAAUUUGCAUGCCAUGCGUUCAAACAGUUUCUGCCUCGCAAUGACUCGUAUGGCGAAGGAUUGUACACCUUUGAAAUUGGAGGAAAUGACGUUCUUAACGCCAUCUUACUCAAAAACCAGACUGCAGCGCAAGUUGUAACUCAAGUGAUCCCUGAUGCCAUGAUGAACAUCCUCGCCACUAUCAAGAUCUUAACAUCAAAUGGGGCCAAAAAGUUUCUCUUCUUCAACACUCCUAAUGCAGGCUGCAGCACCAUAGCUAUGACUGUCCUGGCAUCCAUUCCCGGGCUACAAAAGGAUGAUAUGGGCUGUAUUGUGUUUAUCAAUGAGCUCGAUCAAGCCUACAACAAAGCUCUUAAUGAUACAAUUGCAUCUGCUCGACUUUUAUAUCCUGGUAGAACCAUCUCCAUCUUCAACUACUACGCUGCCAACUUGGAGAUUUUGACAAACCCCUCCCUUUACGGAUUCAAUCCAGCCUUGACCAAGCGUGCGUGCUGUGGAGCUCCUGGAUUUGGAACCCUCAACUUCAACCCACUCGUUACUUGUGGUAAUCCAGGGUCCAACAAAUGUGCAAACCCGGAAGAGUAUGUGAAUUGGGACGGUGUACAUUUUACCGACGCGUUUUACAGGCAAAUCGCCUUAUGGGCCCUCUCUGGAAAAUUUACUGAUAACCCGGUCAACUACACCUCUCUCUGCAAAUUAGAUUUCCGGAACUUUGCAAAGUCUUCCACUUACAACUCUGUGUAUCCUCAGAGUUGCAGGGUUACUUUCACGUGAUUGACUACUGUCGGUUCUUUACAUUUACAUUCAUGGAUCUUAAGCUCGAAAAUUAGAUUUCAAAAGAGUUUAUAAGGGAAUUUCAGUCCCUUCCAGGACGUUACUUGAGAUCAAGGAAAGUUAGAAAUAUCUAGUUGCAAAUGAUCUUGAUGCGGCUGUCGUACAAAAUACUCAUUCUUGGAUUAUAACCACUAGCUAUAGAUUCAGAUAUAAAUUUGAUAGAUAUCCUAAUGGAAUAUCAUGAUAUGAAUUCAAUGAAGUAGUUCGAAGUCUAUGUUGAAAACUAGGAACGAGAGAAGU